AAGGAGCGCACUGCCGGAGCUGCUGGGAGAGGCAGAGAGAGAGAAAGAGACAUAUACUGAACCUUAAGGACAGAGAGAGAGAGAGAGCGCGGACACAGAGCAGCGUGUUUCAGCGAGGAAACGCUCAGUUUGUAGGAGGAGAGCGGAGAGGCGGCACGUUUAUUUUCUCCCGAUCAGUUUUACGCACGCACAGCGGAGCUGCCUCCUCCAGGAGAUCUCGUGUCAUCUUUUGCGCAAGAACGGACUGUUAUCAGGACAGUAUAAUAAAAGGAACAUCGAAGGGAAAAUAUUUUUGUUUCUUAAUCACAGCUGCUUCUACCAAGUAAAUGCUCCACUUAGAGAGUGAGCCAGAGCAAGAGAUUGAUUUUAUCGAGCCGAAAGGGAAAGACGCGUGCUUUUCCAGGUUUUGUCAAACUUAAUGCUUGCAGAUGUUUCUGAAGGUUCUCGGUGGUUUCAACCAGUGAUUUCUACUUUGUUUGAAAUUUGUGAUUUUUCUGUCAACUGUGUUGACUAGGUCUCUAUCCCCACGCGCGUUUGCCUGACAGAGGGGCAAAGUGCUGCCGACUGUGGGCACCGAAAUGGAUUUCGCGGCUUUAAAAAUGUGUUUUUUGGACAAAUUGCGCUGAGAUCAGAUUCAUUUCCGCGCGAAUUGCGCAGACCGGUUUCCACGACAGGAGAAAAAGUGUCACACACUGACACAGCCCAUACGAACAUUGUAGUUUAACCAGCUUGAUAUUCUUGGAGAGCCCCGUGAACACAGCCCGGCAUUUGUAGGGGAGUUUGGGCACUAGUGUUGCGCUAGAAAGAAAUAGAAAACUGUGGAAAAGGGGACUUUGGACUGCAGCUUUGUCUCCGAUAAACAGAAUAAAACCAUAGAGGAGGAGAAGAGGCGAUUUUUCUCCACAUUCGAGGGGAAAAGAUGGAUUUAUUCAUAUGGCUCUGUGGAUGUUUACUGGCUUUUCUGGUGUCUCCGGCAGUCAAAGCAGAGGAAGGAGCGUCUGAGCCAUGCGGUGGCUAUUUAGAUGCAAGCGAUGCUGGAUACAUCACCACACCUGGCUACCCACUUGAGUACCCACCUCACCAGAACUGUCGCUGGGUCAUCACAGCCCCUGAGCCUUCGCAACGCAUCGUCCUCAACUUUAACCCGCACUUUGAGAUAGAGAAACUGGACUGCAGGUAUGACUAUGUAGAGAUCCACGAUGGAAACUCUGAGUCAGCUGAUGUACUGGGGAAGCACUGCAGCAACAUCGCUCCUGCACCAAUCAUAUCGUCAGGCCCCUCACUCCACAUCAAAUUCGUAUCAGACUACGCCCACCAGGGGGCAGGCUUCUCGCUGCGCUAUGAAAUCUUCAAAACAGGUUCAGACUGUUCCCGUAACUUUACCAGUCCCUCGGGUGUCAUUGAGUCCCCGGGCUUCCCUGACAAAUACCCCCACAACCUGGAGUGCUCCUUCAUCAUCAUCGUCCCCCCCAGCAUGGAUGUCACCCUCACCUUCCUCACCUUUGACCUGGAGAACGACCCCCUGCCAGGCGGAGAGGGGGACUGCAAGUAUGACUGGCUGGAAGUGUGGGACGGACUCCCAGGAGUGGGCCCUCUGAUUGGUCGUUACUGUGGGACCAGGGUGCCUCCCGAGAUCCAAUCAUCUACUGGGAUUCUCUCUCUGUCUUUCCACACUGACAUGGCUGUGGCUAAAGAUGGCUUCUCAGCUCGAUACAACAUGACACACAAGGAAGUCAGUGAAACUUUCCACUGUAGUAAUGCAUUCGGUAUGGAGUCAGGAAAGAUCACAGAUGACCAGCUCACAGCCUCGUCAAGUUUUUUUGAUGACCGCUGGCUGCCAAGACAGGCCCGACUCAAUUACAAUGACAAUGGAUGGACGCCCAAUGAAGACAGCAACAGGGAGUACAUACAGGUGGACCUCCAUACUUUGAAGGUGCUGACAGGCAUCGCUACACAGGGCGCCAUUUCGAAGGAAACUGAGAAGGCUUACCAUGUCACCACCUUCAAGCUUGAGGUCAGCACCAAUGGAGAGGACUGGAUGGUCUACAGACAUGGCAAGAAUCAUAAGGUUUUCCAUGCCAAUGUUGACGCCACGGAGGUGGUCCUCAAUCGGAUCCCACAGCCGGUCCUGGCCCGCUUCGUACGAAUCAGACCUCAGACAUGGAAGAACGGCAUUGCACUGCGGUUCGAGCUUUACGGUUGUCAGAUUACGGAUGCUCCCUGCUCAGAACUGCAAGGCAUGUUGUCGGGGCUGCUACCUGACUCCCAGAUCUCUGCAUCCUCCAUGAGGGACAUCCAUGGCUCCAUGGGGGCAGCCAGGCUAGUGGCAAGUCGAUCAGGCUGGUUUCCCAACCCAACACAACCCAUAGUUGGAGAAGAGUGGCUACAGGUGGACCUUGGUGUGCCCAAGAUGGUGCGUGGCAUUAUUACCCAAGGUGCAAGAGGGCUGGAGGGCAGCACCAGUGCUGAAAACAGAGCAUUUGUCAGGAAGUACAAACUUGCACACAGCCUGACCGGCAAAGAAUGGACCUACAUCAUUGACAGCAAGACGGGGUUUGCUAAGAUUUUUGAAGGGAACAGCCACUAUGAUACUCCUGAGGUGCGGCGGUUCGAUGAGAUAGUGGCCCAGUACAUCAGAGUUUUUCCGGAGAGGUGGUCGCCUGCUGGUAUUGGCAUGAGGAUGGAGGUCCUCGGCUGUGACCUGCCUGAAACCACCACUGUACCUGACACAGUGACACCCACCGUGCCCAGAGUGGAACAGACAACCGCUGCAAUGAGACCUGCCACCACUCCAUCCCUGUCAGCUGUAUGUGACUUUGAGCAGAGCCUGUGCGGCUGGUCGGCUGAUCCCCAGUCAGGUGUGAGCUGGUCCCUGCACACAGCCAGCAGUAGUUCAACUGGACACGGCACAUAUGAAACGAGGCAGGAUCUGUCACUGGGAUCGGACAAUUUCUCAGGGAACUACCUCCACCUGGAUGCAGGUGCUCACACCCAGCGCAAGCGAGCCCGGCUGCUGAGCCCUGAGGUGGGCCCAGAGCGAGGCCCGCUCUGCCUCCUCUUCUACUACCAACUGCAGGGGGAGGCGCAGGGGAGCCUGAGGGUUCUGCUGAGGGACAGCGACCAGGAGGAGACGCUGCUAUGGGUGCUUAAAGGAGACCAGGGACCCCACUGGAGGGAGGGCCGCACCAUCCUGCCCCAAAGCCCCAAAGAGUAUCAGGUGGUGUUUGAAGGUUUUUUCGAUCACCCAACCAGAGGCCACAUCAGAAUAGAUAACAUCCACAUGAGCAACAGCAUCGAGCUGGAGCAGUGUACACAGCCUUUCCCUGCCUUAACUCCUGGCAUAACCAACCCCAGGCCAAUAGAUUUCGGAAAAGAUCGUGUUUUCAACAACAAGCACCCAAACAAUGGAGAAUAUGUCUUCCCAGGGUGGCCAUCCUCCUUCUCCACCCCCUCCUCCUCUGACUUGGACCCUCCCUCCGUCACCUUGGUGUCAGAGAAAGACAAGGACAACGCCUGGCUGUACACACUGGACCCCAUCCUGCUCACCAUCAUUGUGAUGAGCUCUCUAGGUGUCCUGCUGGGUGCAGUCUGCGCAGGACUGCUCCUCUACUGCACAUGCUCCUACAGUGGGCUCUCCUCGCGCUCCUCCACGACACUGGAGAACUACAACUUUGAGCUGUACGACGGGAUCAAGCAUAAAGUAAAGAUAAACCAGCAGAGGUGCUGCUCAGAGGCAUGAAGAGAAGGAGGAGAGGGAGGAGGAGGAGAACUCUGGAGAAUGAUGAGGAAAAGACGUGUCCCUAGAUCCCCUGCAACAGUAAUUUUGCUCUCAGUUUGGUCAAAGUAAACAUGAAAAAGAAGCACUACCUUAUUUCAAUCCACAGUGUCCCCUAACCAAUAUCCUGCUACUUCCCUGCUCUGAUGUCUAAAGUGGUAACAUUUAAACCAGAGUUCCCCCACCUAUUUGUGUGCCCAUGGGAACAUGUGAUCUUGAUCUUCGCUACAUGCUAUGAGGCCUAAACUGGGGGAACACCUGACCCCAGUCUCCCAUGCCUACAGUACCAUAUCUCCUCCGCCUGCAGGAGAGAGCCUGCUUGAUUUUAAAAGCCUGUGAAUGAAUGAAGGAAUGAAUAAAUGAAUAUGAAUGACAGAUCUAACAUAGAAUAUAACCCACCAGCUACUGGAAUGAAGCUGAAAAGGAGACGGACUAAAGUACCCAUGACAAUCUGGACAUUUGGACCACAAAUGACAGCAUAGUCUAGGGUGAAAAUAUUGGUGAUGGGAUUCUUAAUGAAGAUAGGAAUUUCAUUAACAUUUACCCGUGGCUGGUACUUUGCAGGAGGGCAAUGUCAGAUUUGUCCUUAUGAGCUUGAAUUGGAAUGUGGUCAAUAGAGACGGCAUGCAGAAAAUCAAAAAGUUCCAGCUUCUGACUGUUACUGAAGACUUCAGCAUCAGUGGCCCCUUUAAUGUGGGUACUUUUGACUGAAAUCAACACAUAUCAAGUGAAUGCCUAACCCCCUAAAGAAAUAUAAAAGAUAUCAAACCACACAACUCAAAUGAAUCUAGAUUUCUAAAGGCGGAGAAGGAAAAGAGGAUGAAAAAGGACAUUUUCUUUUUUGUUUGUUUCUGAAAGUUUUAGAAAUGAGUUCUGUGAGUUUCAAACGUCCAUUAGCCUGCCGUACAGCGCUCGCUCGCUCCUUUGUCUGCCCUCGGUCUGCGCUUUGUGAAACCAGUGGCAUAGAAGAGUAAUGGUGACUGUUUUUGUUCUGUUUUAGACUUGUGUCUGUUUGGGAAAAAAAAGGUAAGGAAAAGCCUGCUUCAGUUUUUAGCCGCCCUGUAGAGCUCUUAUGCCAUUUUUAGACUUUCUUUAGCAUUGUGUUGGACUCCAUGGUCUUUACUGUUACUUCAGUCCUUUUCUAUUUUGACACAAUUUCCAUUACAGAUUAUGAGUCUUUAAGAGUAGAGGAAAGGUAAAGUAAGGUGGAAGACAGAAAAUCAGAGAUUUAUCUAAAUCUAACAUGAUGUUACGGAGUUGUGCUUUAGAUUCAGUAUUCUAGAGUUUGUCUUUGGUAUAUAUCUAUAUUUUUUUGCUUUUCAGACUGUAUGAUGCCCAAAUGAUGGACAGACACUGUGUGAACAAAAUGUCAGUGAUUGUUUUAUUGCAACCUAUGGAUUGCCAAAGAGCUGUGUAUGUGCAUAGGGGUCUGAACAUGUGUUACAAGAGCCUGGGUGGAGAACGGACUAAGAGUGUUUAAUCAUCAUGCCUUUUAUCCACCACUCUUAAUGUCAGCCCCUGAAUGAAGGAUGCUCAAAAAUAGAAAGAGAGAGAAUGACUAAAAAAGGAGAAUGGAAAUCGAACCGUCGACUUUCUUGGACACACAAUCGAGCCUUAAGCUAACUACAGUACACGCUGUAUCGGAGGACAGCCAUCGAGAAGGGCCAGUGCUGCUGGAGAGACUGAUGAACAAGAGGAGACACACACACCCACACACACCCACACACACACACACACACACACAUACACACACAGAAAGAAAGACAGAAAGAAAGAGAAAGGGGAACAAAGAUUGUGGAUAUGUUUACACCCAGAAAAAGUCUCAUUAUCACUUGAACUAAUCUGUUGAUGUCUGAACAUCUGAGCUAAAACUAGUUAAGUUUAUACAGUUAUAUAGUUUAUCAGAAGCCUGGUGAGGAUACUGGACCUACAGAAAUAUUCAGGUUGCAUGCGAACAUUUUUUUGUCAGCAUUAUGUUUCUCCCACGAAUAUUUUGAUUCAGCUAAGAACAUUUUGGUGGAAACUUAAAGGUACCCUGUGGAGUUUUUGACCACUAGUAGCGCUGUGGGGCAAUGUUUUUACGAGGGUUUUUAUGUGGGUCCCUAUUUUGUUUGUAUAUCCUGCACACGCACAAGCAUGCAGCAAUGUGGUUUUGCACUGUUCCUCUGAUUGAUAGUUGGUGGCGUUAAUUUCAGCGAUGGAAAAGAAGAAGAAGACUACAAGCUAGCAAACAUGGAUGUAACCAGUGCAGGAUUUCAAAUUAUUAGGAAAAAUGCUUUGCAAAUGGUUUAGUGCAAUGUUUACAAGAAAACUCAACAGGGUACCUUUAAUGCCUUCAAGUAUGCUUUUUUUAAUCAACAUAUGGGCAAAAUUCUCAUUAUAAGCAUAUCUGGAACAUUUUUUCAUAUGUUUUCCCGGCAAUAUACAAUUGUUGCAACUAAAGCAUCAUUUUAUGGUUAUGUUUAGACAACUAAAAUCUAUUUAAAAAAUGAAAAGCCAACAAACUGACUUGAAGGACAAAACCUCUGGCAUUAUCCUCAAACACUAUGAAUGUCCGGCCAUACAUCUUGACCUCCACACCUAUUUUUUCUGCACAGUAUUGAUGUCACACUCCUUUGUACAUUAGACAUAAAUGUUGCUAGUAAACAUAAAUGACAGUAGCUAAUUAGCUUUACAUGGGUAGAAUUCAUGGGAGACUUCUGCAUUAUGGGUCCAAUUUUAUGGUAACAAAACUUGGCAACAAGCAGUAAUUGCUAUUUAUUAGUAUUUGUUAUCCUUGUAUUUGACGUAGACUAUCCAGAGUUAAAGAUGUUACUUUUUGAUUUGUCAACCGUUCAAGCUGUAGUCAGGAAUGUUUGAUUAACUUAUCAACACAGUCAAUCAAAGUCUAUGAAUGAGUCAAAUGUAAAGGUUCAUCUAAACAAUGGAAGUACGACUAACAGGCAGGUGUCUCUGCAUGUAAACAUAUCCAAUGAAAUAUCGAGCGAUAGAUGGUAAGAGAUAAACACAAUCACAACACGUAGGCAACAACAAGUAAAAAGACAACAAAACAAAAGACAGAAAGGAUGGAAAACUCAGUGACCCUAACAAAAUUAGAAAUGGAGGGACCAGGCGCUGACCUCUCCUUGUCUUCUUUGUAUAUUUGUUUUUUGCUUAGCCGCAGCAGAUGAAGGUCGAUCCUAGAAAGCCCUUUUUGUGUUUUCCAAAUCUGUGAAAUAUGUGGGUCGAGUUGUUGUCCUCUGGGGGGUCAAACUGAAAGAGCAAAAAGGAAGCAGAGGGAGAAAAAGAGUCAAACAUGUCACAUGUCAUAUCUUUGCCUUGAGCUCCUAUUCUUUCUUUUUGUCUUUCGCUCUCAUCUCUUCGUUUUCAAGGGCAUGCAUGGAUAGAGCCAGGAGACCUAUUGAGAUGAAAUAAAAAGAAAAUAAGGGGAUUAUAGACAGGAGCUGAAAGAUGGUCAGAGAAGGAGAGAUGGAGAGAGGGGAAUAAUGGUAGAGAGAGAUGGAGGGUUUUCUGUCCAUCUAACUGUUUUUUCAUUGGACUGUUUUCCAAGUGCCUUGGAGCUCUCUUAAUAUGUCUCUCUAUCUCUCUCGCUCACUCUUUCUCUCUCCCUACUGCUAUCUUACUCCGACUCCCUUUUUUUCUCUCUCACACAAACACACAUGCUCACUUUGAACAGUAAGCACUGAUCAGUGAGUACAUUGUGAGACACCCAAUCCAUGCACACAUAGAAACGCCGCACACAUGCACAUACAUGCCUAGACUACUGUCUCUCUCUCUCUCUGUGCUUGACUUUAACUCUUUCCUUCUGGAAAUCCAGAUAGUAUUACCUCUUCUGUUGUGAUGGAUACAAACACACACACACACACACACACACACACACACACACAAACACACACAAAC